GACAGGGGGGGACGAAGAGAAGCGGCCCGGUUCGGCCGCGGGACAGCAGCGGCUCCCGUCGGGGCAUGGCCUGAAACGCCCCCCGCUCCCCGUACCAUGGCGGCCGACGGCGGCCUCGACGUGGCGGCGGUGGAAAGUUUCCUGGACAGGCACCCCGAGCUGGUGGAGAGGUGGCUGAAGAGGAGAAACUCGCUUCCCAAGGCGCCCGCCGGCGGACCGUCGGAGGAGCGGCGGGUCGGCGGCGGCUGGGGCGGCGCGGGCGGGCCCGGAGCCGGGGGGCUGCAGCGGAGGGCUUCCCAGAAGGAGCUGCGGAAGAGCUUCGCCCGCUCCAAGGCCAUCCACGUCAACCUCACCUACGACGAGCACGUGCACGCCCGGGCGCAGGAGCCGCUGAGCAGCGUGCGGCGGCGGGCGCUGCUGCGGAAAGCCAGCUCCUUGCCCCCCACCACCGCUCACAUCCUCAGCGCCCUGCUGGAGUCCCGCGUCAGCCUGCCCCAGUACCCGCCCCCGGCCCUGGACUACAAGCGCUACCUCAAGGAGCAUAACGAACGGCAGUUCUUCCUGGAGCUGGUCAAGGACAUCUCCAACGACCUGGACCUCACCAGCCUCAGCUACAAGAUCCUCAUCUUCGUCUGUCUCAUGGUGGACGCCGACCGUGGCUCGCUCUUCCUCGUGGAGGGGGCGGCCGCCGGCAAGAAGAGCCUGGUCUCCAAGUUCUUCGACGUGCACGCCGGCACCCCGCUGCUGCCCUGCGGCUCCACCGAGAAUAGCAGCGAGGUGCAGGUGCCCUGGGGCAAGGGCAUCAUCGGCUACGUGGCGGAGCACGGAGAGACGGUCAACAUCCCCGACGCCUACCAGGAUCGCCGCUUUAAUGAUGAGAUUGACAAACUGACUGGAUACAAGACAAAGUCACUUCUGUGCAUGCCCAUAAGAAACAGUGAUGGAGAGAUUAUUGGUGUGGCACAAGCAAUAAAUAAGACUCCUGGAGGUGCCCCAUUUUCUGAUGACGAUGAAAAAGUGAUGCAGAUGUACCUCCCAUUCUGUGGGAUUGCCAUAUCCAAUGCCCAGCUAUUUGCAGCUUCAAGGAAGGAAUAUGACAGAAGCAGGGCUUUACUGGAAGUAGUGAAUGACCUCUUCGAAGAACAGACUGACUUAGAGAAGAUUGUCAAGAAAAUUAUGCAUCGGGCCCAGACUCUACUCAAGUGUGAACGGUGUUCAGUAUUACUUCUGGAAGAUAUUGAAUCCCCAGUAGUGAAAUUUACAAAAUCCUUUGAGCUACUAUCUCCAAAAUGCAGUGCUGAUACUGAAAACAGUUUCAAAGAGGGUGUGGAGAAAUCACCAUCUUACUCUGACUGGCUAAUAAAUAACAGCAUAGCUGAACUUGUAGCUUCCACGGGUCUCCCGGUGAAUAUCAGUGAUGCCUAUCAGGAUCCUCGCUUUGAUGCUGAAGCUGACCAGAUCUCUGGCUUUCACAUAAGGUCUGUUCUCUGUGUUCCUAUAUGGAAUAGCAACCACCAAAUAAUCGGGGUAGCUCAAGUGUUGAACAGACUUGAUGGGAAGCCCUUUGAUGAUGCUGACCAGCGACUGUUCGAGGCCUUUGUUAUUUUCUGUGGUCUGGGUAUCAACAACACAAUUAUGUAUGACCAAGUGAAGAAAUCCUGGGCAAAACAGUCUGUGGCUCUUGAUGUUUUAUCUUAUCAUGCAACAUGUUCAAAGGCAGAAGUUGAUAAAUUUAAGGCAGCAAACAUCCCUCUGGUGUCAGAGCUUGGCAUUGAUGACAUCCAUUUUGAUGACUUCUCACUCGAUGUGGAUGCCAUGAUUACUGCAGCCCUGCGGAUGUUCAUGGAACUUGGAAUGGUUCAGAAAUUUAAAAUUGACUACGAGACGCUGUGUAGGUGGCUUUUGACAGUUAGGAAGAAUUAUCGAAUGGUUUUGUAUCACAACUGGAGACAUGCUUUCAACGUGUGCCAACUAAUGUUUGCCAUGUUAACUACAGCAGGAUUUCAAGAGAUUCUGACUGAAAUUGAAAUUUUAGCUUUGAUUGUGGGAUGCUUGUGUCACGACCUUGACCACAGGGGAACCAACAAUGCCUUCCAAGCCAAGAGCGGAUCAGCCUUAGCUCAGCUCUAUGGCACCUCUGCUACCUUGGAGCACCACCAUUUCAAUCAUGCUGUCAUGAUUCUCCAAAGUGAGGGUCACAACAUCUUUGCUAACUUGUCCUCUAAGGACUACAGUGACCUUAUGCAGCUUCUAAAGCAAUCGAUAUUGGCAACAGACCUCACUCUGUAUUUUGAGAGAAGGACAGAAUUCUUUGAACUUGUCAGUAAAGGUGGUUAUGAUUGGAAUGCUAAAAACCAUCGAGAAAUAUUUCGAUCAAUGCUAAUGACAGCCUGUGACCUUGGAGCUGUGACCAAACCGUGGGAGAUUUCAAGACAGGCAGCUGAGCUGGUAACCAGUGAGUUUUUUGAACAAGGAGAUAGAGAAAGAUCUGAACUGAAACUCAUUCCUUCAGCCAUUUUUGAUCGGAACAGGAAAGAUGAACUACCCAGGUUGCAGCUCGAGUGGAUUGAUAGCAUCUGCAUGCCAUUGUAUGAGUGUCUCGUGAAGCUGAAUGUGAAACUGAAGCCUAUGCUGGACUCUGUGGCAGUAAAUAGAGGUAAAUGGGAGGAGUUGCAUCAACAAAGACUUCCUUCUCAGGCAGCAUCUUCAUCCUCCUUUUCCUCUACCUUUACCAUGUCUCUCAAAGACAUAAAUUAAGCCUGCAACUGUCAGUGUCUAUUUAUGAUAAGAGCUGUCUGAAAGGAUUUCAAAAGCUUUGGCACACCAUUUUUUUUAAUUUUUUUUUUUUUUUUUUAA